AUGCCGCAGCAUCACCCAACGCCCGGCGAGCUACAGCCGACGCCUGACCAUGAGCUUCUGACCGCGCACACCACUUACAAGAAGGCGCCAAAGUGGUCCUUCCCUGGGAGAUUGUCGGGAGAGAGGCCAUCGGGCACAGAGGUCGGUCACUACUCCGGUGAUGACAAACAUCGUGAUAUCAAUGGACGCUACAAACGCGACCCUUCAUGGAGCAUGCGGUCUCCAAAGGAUUUCAGGAGCUCCUCCCUCCCACCAGGCCCUGGACGGUACAACUCCCGUGAUGGUGCGCUGCGCUCUACUGCACCGUCCUGGGGUUUUGGCUCUUGCUCCAAGGAGGCGGAGAAGUGGAUCCUUGAUGGAUCCGUUGGGCCUGGGCCAGCUGCGUACGCACCAAAUCAUGGGGUGGCAUUCAAAGGGUCACCAGCCUACUCAACGGCUGGGCGCGGGAAGGACAAGUCCCGCUCUCUGGGGCCUGGUCCUGGCCACUAUGGACCUCCGCGAAGCACCCUCAGAGGCAAAGUUGGAAGGUGGGGCGAUGCUCCAAAUUUGCGGCCCAACAGCGCUCCCUUUGAUGACGGCAAGGGCCGAAGCCCAGGCCCCAACUAUAUGCCGGGAGAUGGACCCCAUGGACCGCGUUACAGCAUCGGAGCCCGACGAGAGGCAGCCAAAAUGAUGCUGGGCAGACUGCCAGGACCGAGAACCCA